CACCACACGACACACACGCACACCUAGUCGCGCACAAGAAACACCUGCAAGCUAAGCUCAUCAGGUCGCGGUGUGGGUGGCAUUAACCCCGAGACGUGGAUAGAGAUAGACAAUUAGACAUGCUCCCCGCUGCCGUGGCGGGCGCGCUGCCGCGGCGGCAGGCCGUCGCCAGGGCCUCCGUCUCGGCGCUGGUGGCCUCGCUGCCGCUGCUCUACGUGUCGCUGCUGCGCCCGCCGCCCGCCGCGCUCGCGGGGGACACCGCCUUCUGGUUCCUCAUGUCCAACUGCGUCAUCGCCGCCAUCGUCGCCACCUCCGCCGACGCCGGCGCGCUCCUCUUCAGGCCCGCCGCCGCCGACGACGACGGUGAUGGUCCCUGCCGUGACGACGGCCGACUCCUCUCCUGCGCGUCGGCAGGCCAGCCGCCGCCGGUGGCCGUGCAGGCGGGCAUCAUCGGCAGCGACGCGGUGGUUCCGUCGUUUGCGGUGGCGGCGGCGGCCCAGGACCAGGACCAGGACCAGCCACCCACCGUGGAUGUGGAUAUCAACGGUGGGCGCGUCGUCCAAGGAGAGGCGGGGAGCGCGGCGGCGAGUAGCUACUCCGUGCACCAUGUAUUGCCUUCGUUGAUGGAAGGAGGCGACGACGAAGAAGAAGGUGCAGGGAGUGAGCCCCUUCGCGCCGAGAUGAACCAUCCCAUUCAGCAGAGAGGGAAGGAAGAUGAGAUCACAGUCGUCGAGCAAAGCACCUUCAAGAACAGCACGGUCGAAGCGGAGGCACAGGGAGAAGAACAAGACGUCAUCGAGGUCAUCCCGCUGGCGACCAUCGAGGAGGGCUCAGCGCUAGCCGAGCCGCUAGAGCCAGAGCCAUGGGCAAGGGUGAUCACUAGCACCAGGAGCCUGCCGGUGGAAGAAGCAGCGGCCGCGAGGGAAGGUGGGCUCCGGCGAUCGGCGACCGUCGGCAGCAAGCCGGCAGAGGAGGAGAGCGAGUACUGGCAGCUGAGCGACGAGGAGCUCAACAGGAGGGUGGAGGAUUUCAUCGCGCGCUUCAACAGGGAGAUUCGGCGACAGGUCGAGCAGGAGGCAUCAUCAGUUACGUUCUAGGUUCCUAGGAGGGCGUAGGCUUUGUAAUAUAUAUGGAAUGCAAAUAUGCAAUAUUAAUUAGUAUACGUUGGCAGUGGCGGAUGCACGUUGGGAGACAAGGGGGGCUGAAACAAUAGAAAUGUUGAUUUGUGUG